AUGGCCCCUACACUCCCCCAGAGACCUCCCUUCCGUGCUGAGCACUUGGGUUCCCUCCUUCGUCCCGAUGACCUCUUGACCGUCAAGGCUGCCCAGGAGAAGGGUGAGGCUGACGAGAAGGAGCUCGUUGCCGUUGAGGACAAGGCCAUCAACGAGAUUGUUGCCGCCCAGAAGAAGCUUGGCUACUCUGGUAUCUCCGAUGGAGAGUACCGUCGCCACAUGUUCUGGGGUACUUUCUUCCCCGGUCUUGAUGGCUUCGAGGAGGUCACCGAGUUCGACGUUGAUAUUUUCCGCCCUUAUGCUCCCGACAUCGCUGCCUUCCUCGAGGCCGGCCACAAGCCCGGCGAGACCGUCCUUUGCACUGGAAAGAUCAAGCACGUCGGCAGCACCUACGUCGACCAGUUCAAGUACCUCGCCAGCCAGGUUUCCCCCGAGGAGGUCAAGAAUCUUAAGAUCACUCUUGCCGCUCCCAACUGGUACCACUUGCGUUACCGUGAGGGCUCGUCCUACCCCAAGGACGUGUACAGCUCCGAUGAGGAGUACUUUGGCGACAUCGCCAAGGCCUACCAGGCCGAGCUCAAGAUCCUUUACGAGGCCGGUUGCCGCAACAUCCAAUUCGACGACCCUAACCUCGCCUACUUCUGCUCUGAGAAGUUCCUCAACGGCUUCAAGGAGGACAAGCUGAACGUCUACUCCGCCGACGACUUGUUCCAGAAGUACAUCAAGCUGUAUAACGACAGCUUCAUCGGUACCCCCGAGGACCUGCACAUCGGUGUCCACCUGUGCCGCGGUAACUUCGUCGGCAGCCGUCACUUCUCCGAGGGUGGCUACGACCGCAUCGCCAUCAAGCUCUUCCAGGAGCUGAACGUCGCCACUUACUACCUCGAGUACGACACCGAGCGUGCCGGUGGCUUCGAGCCCCUCAAGCACCUGCCCACCCACAAGAACGUCAUCCUGGGUGUUGUCACCUCCAAGUUUGCCACCCUUGAGGACAAGGAGGAGAUGAAGAAGCGCGUUAUCGACGCUGCCAAGAUCAUCGCUGAGGGCAACAACAUCACCCUCGAGGCUGCUCUCAACCAGGUUGGUGUCAGCCCUCAGUGCGGAUUUGCCUCUCACCGUGAGGGUAACGCCAUUGACUGGGACGGCAUGAUCAACAAGCUGCAGCUUGUCCGUGACAUUGCCAACGACAUCUGGCCUAACCAGCCGUAG